AUGGGUACUGCCGUAGUUAAUGCUGGCCCUGCAGUCUAUAUAACCAACUCGGGUCCACUGUCCAUCCAGGCAGAACUUUAUUCUGUGAUGUUCUCAACAAUACACAGGCUAAUCAACUCUGGUUUAGUAAAUGAUAAUGGUACGCGGCUGCACCAACUGCAAGUUGGCACACAAAUGAUAGGAGGAGGACAACCACCAAACAUGUUACGAGUUAGAUACACCAGAUACUUUCUUAGACCCAUAGUUGCCACAGCUGAUCAAACUGAAGCUCAAGUGCCACCAGGAAGUGGCGUACCAACGGAAGUUAGCCAACUUUUGAGAAGUAUGUUCCUCAGUGGUGAAGUUCAAGCUGCUACACCUGCAGGUGCAACUGUUGACAACGUCGUUGACAACGCAAGGAUAUUAGGUGUAUCUUCUGGACCAUCAAUUAUAGAACCUGGAAGUGCUCAUGAAUCAGCUGGUGAACCUGCUAAUGAAGAUGUUGGGACCUCUCAUCGACGAACAGCUGAUUUUGCUGAAAGCACAUCACAUGUGAAACGACAAAGGGUGCUGAACAUGCUUAUUGAUUUAGUAUAUCUUCCUGAUAAAAAGUUUUUGGUUGCUAUUUUUGACACAGAUGGAGUGAUGCCAUUGUUGUGGGAGCGUAUUUUGUUGUAG